AUAAGACGCAGCGUUGGAGUUGGACGCAGCGUUGGAGUUGAGCCGAACACAAAGCGCACAUUACCGGCAGCUCUUUCGGAGCUCGACCUUUCCCUGUCUUCGCUACUGAUAGAAUGAAGAUCGACAAGGCACUCGAGCAUGCUGUCAAGGCCGUCGGCGCAGUGCAGGAUGCAGUAAAAGCCGGGCGCGUGCACGCGCCCCCCGUCCCUGUUGCCGACGAGCUGAAGGGGUUCCUCGUGCUCCACAGCGUCAAGGGAGCUGCGCUGGUUGGCUUCGAGCGCGGCUACGGCCUGGCGUUCUCAGUGCUGGAGUGGCUGCCGGAUGGUGCGCCAAAGCUGUCGGCACCGCUCAUUGUCAAGGUGUCCAAGCUGGCUGUGGGCAUGGCGAUCGGCUACAACGAGGUGUUCAGUGUGGCGCUGCUGCGCGACCUGUCCCCGCUGGAGGCCGUGGCAGAGGGCUCAGAGACCAUCAUGGGCAAGGACUUCGACCUCUCCGGACUUUCCAAGCCGCUUGAGGGCGAUUUGAGUGGCACCAACUUCCACAAGACGUCCAUGACCGCCUACGUGGACGAGGGCAAGUCCGCCAACGCGCACGUGCUGUCGGUGUCGGACUCCAUGAUGCUGUGUGACCUGUCGCUGUACGGCGGGUCCAUGUCCGUGGACAAGGACCUAAUGGACGAGGCGUACGGCGGCGUGUACGGCAGCAACCGGGACGUGCUGCGCGGCCGCGUGGAGGUGCCGGCGGGGCUGCAGCCCGCCAUGGGAGGCAUCACGGCGGGUCUGCGGUCGAUUGUGCGGGAGGCCCUGCAGGCGCACGAGAAGCUGAACCCCAAGAUUGAGAAGGCCAAGGAGGUGGCCAAGGACCUGAUCAACUACAAGUAAUUGACAUGUAUGAUGAAGUUGAUGAGGUUGUUGAUACAGCAGCAUGGUUGGGGAUGUUGUGCGCCACAUGAUGACCUGAUCUGACGUCUACAACGCACCGUCGAGCGGUCAGAUGCGUACCUCGGUCAGAUGCGUAGGGGUGGAAACACCAUGGGGCAUCCCCUCAAACGAGGCAGUGUGCUCAUGGCUUUGACGGCUGGCGCUAGCGUCACCGGGGCAACGGCAGGAACAGACGCCUUGCGGAGGUCUCGAUCCAACGGCUUAACUACACAGCAGCUCGUAUGCACGUUCGGGUCGAUACUGUAUAGUGCGGCUGGCUGACGAAACGGUGCGGUGAAACAAUAAUUACGAGCCAGUAGGAGUUGACAAGCACGUUUCUAUGGGGGGUCUUCCGCCUGUCAGGUGGGCGAACUAAGUGAGCUGGUCCCAAGGUGCCUCCGGAAACUCUGCGCAAGAUUGUACCGUAAUCGUGUGUGAGGACAAAGUUUUUGGAUGUGACAUUACAAGACGGCACUUGCUGACCAGCAAGGCCGCCCCGCACCCAUACAUACCGGCGAGGCGGCGGCGCAGAGGUUCAGCGGACCGUGUCACACGCAAUGUGGCCACACUCUGGCGUCGUGCGCAUUUCUUUCCUCAGAAUAUCUUCGAU